AUGAUUCUUGGAACUGUGUCCCAAACCUAUGUUGUCUACACCUUGUUGAGUCUCAUCAGUAUCAGCUUGGCAAAGGAUAUUCCAGCUUUUUACAUUUUUGGAGAUUCAGGAGUUGAUGUUGGAAACAAUUUUUACAUCAACACUUUCGCAAGACCAGUGUUUCCCAAUGGGAUUGAUUUUGGGAAUAAAUUUGGCACGCCCUCAGGAAGAUACUCAAAUGGUAGAGUAUAUGUCGACCAUAUAGCACAAGAAUUGGGCUUGAAAAACUUUCCUCCUCCCUACUUGGCUCCGACCACUGUUGGAGAUAUUCUUCUGAAAGGUACAAGGAAAAGUUUUGAAGAUGUAGACAAUGACAAGAAACCUGCAUGUAAUUUAAAGGGAGGUCGCAUUAGCCUUGAGACUCAAGUCAGGUACUUCGAGAGAACCACGCAAGCCAUCAUUUCGAAUAUUGGGAUCAAAGCUGCUAAAAAGUUGCUUGCCGGGGCCAUCUACAUUGUUGCAAUUGGUGGGAAUGAUGUUUCUACCCCGGACCUAAAUGGUCCUCUUGAUCUUGCAUCCCAGGACUUGCGUCUUGAUACAAUCAUUUCAAUGUUCCGAUCACAACUUGGAAAACUCUACAUGCUGGGUGCUAGAAAGAUUGUGGUGAUAAAUUCUUCCCCUGCUGGGUGUCUCCCUUUUGUGAGAGACGUAUAUGCAAUGCCAGAUGGGUGUGUUUCUUUUCAAAAUCAGAUAGCUCAGCUGUAUAACAGCAAACUCAAGGGCAUGCUUGAGGAGCUUACCAAAAAUCUUACAGGAUCACAAUAUGUUUAUGCAGACAAUUAUGCUAUGAUAGAAGAUGUCAUUCAAAACUACAUCUCAUAUGGUGCAGGUCUGAUAGACACAUCUGCAGUUUACAUUGAAGCACUCACCUGA